UUUGCAAACGAUGGAGCUAUUCUCAUGGAGACAAUAAGGAAAGCCUCGGUACUUGACUGGAACAGGGAGCAGUCUUCCCAACAUGGAGAUCGUCAAAGCAGUUGCAUCAGAAAAAAACGUUCCCAGCAACAUACAGGCAGUUUGUCACAGGAUGAUGCUGGAUGAUGCAUCCAAGCUUCGCAGAGUAGACUGCUCAGGGAUCUGCCUCAAGUCCCUGGACGAAUCCCACGUCGACUUGGUGACCCGGACGUGGAAGUUCGCAAGGAACCGGGAGGUCGUCGGGAUGAUCCGCAACAUGGCUCGCAACUUCCCGUCCUGCUGCGUGCUGGAUGCCGAAGGAAAGCCCGUCUCCUGGAUUCUGACCUAUGUGUCCGGCGCCAUAGGAGUGUUGUACACUUUGCCAGAGCACAGAGGGAAAGGCUACGCUAAAGUCCUGAUCAGCAGCAUGGCUAAGAAGUUCUUUGGUCACGGCUACCCGGUGUUCUGCUUCAUAGAGGAGGAGAACCUGGUCUCCUACCAGCUCUUUAAAAGCAUGGGCUUCUCCGAGGAUCCCUCAUAUAGAGCAACGUGGUCCGAAUUCAAUUUUUAAAUGUUCCAAUGACAAAAACUAAGCUUAUAAAUAAC